CAAGUCCCGAGCGGAGACCUGGAUAUUCUCUUCUCUGCUUAGUGUUGCCAUGAGACACUUUGACUCCAAUGCUGAUGCAAGUGGAGCUACAGAUUGGACCCUGGAUGCCUUCCAAGCGCCCUUGGUACACUGGUAAUGGUGCAAUUUCCAUAGGCGUAGACGUACAAGCAAGUCGACUUCUGAAUGAAUGGUAUAGGUACACUGUUAUUCCGUGUCUAGGCCCAUCAUUAUUGAAGCAGACUCUGCUCACUCAGCAACUUCUUACUCACCUUUUCCGAUUUUAGUAAGCCGAGUCCUUCGAGCACGUCAUUCGAAUAUAAAAGCCAACAUUGAACAUUCACCUUUCCACAAUGGCUCCCUCUGCAGUAAAUAUCCCUGCUUCCGGUGUCUCUUUCUUCACCCCCGCCCAGAUCCCUCCUGCUGGCACUGCCGUUCCCCAGCCAGAUGGCAAGCCGAUCCCGACUCUCUUUCAACCACUUACCAUUCGCGAAGUCACUUUUCAGAACAGAAUAUUUCUUUCGCCAUUGUGUCAAUAUUCAGCCCAAGAUGGCAUCGUGACCCCGUGGCAUACCGGUCAUCUUGGAGGCAUUUUCACGCGCGGCCCGGGUCUGAGUAUCAUCGAGGCAACCGCCAUCGUUCCUGAAGGCCGCAUCACUCCAAAUGAUGUCGGGAUUUGGUCAGAUGACCAUAUUGCGCCUCUCGCGUCCAUCGUUGAGUACGCGCAUUCUCAGAACCAGAAGAUCGCCAUCCAGAUCGCACAUGCUGGCCGUAAGGCCUCGACAAUUGCUCCCUGGAUUCCAGGACACAACCUCGCUGGCGAAGACGUGGGCGGGUGGCCCUCGAAUGUGUUUGCACCCUCACCUAUUCCAUUCGCGGAUGAUUACCCGACCCCCAAGGAACUGACCAAGGACGAUUUGAAGGGUCUCUUGGAGUCGUACAAGGCGGCUGCGCAGAGGGCCGUCAAGGCAGGUUUUGAUGUCAUCGAAAUCCACGGCGCACAUGGAUAUCUGUUGUGUGAAUUUAUGAGCCCUACGAGCAAUAAGCGUACAGAUGAGUACGGUGGUAGCUUCGAAAACCGGAUUCGAUUCCCACUUGAGGUUGUCGAUGUGGUCAGGAGCGUUAUCCCAGAGUCGAUGCCACUUUUCUUCAGAAUAUCAGGUUCCGAGCGUCUGGAAGAGUCUUUGCCAGAUGUCCCUUCCUGGAGGUCCGAAGAUACCGUCCGCCUCGCUCCCAUUCUCGCUCAGCACGGCAUUGAUUUGCUCGACGUUUCUUCGGGAGGCAAUAAUCCUAAGCAGAAAUUCACUCAUGGACCGGCGUACCAAGCUCCCCUUGCGCAUGAUGUCAAGAAGAGCAAUCCCGGCCUGGUCGUCAGCGCCGUUGGAAGCAUUACCGAUGGUCAUAUUGCACAAAACGUCCUUGAUCAAGGGCAAGCGGAUCUUGUCAUGGUCGGAAGACAUUUCCAGAGGAACCCUGGGUUGGUGUGGUCAUUCGCGGAUGAUUUAGGUGUUGAGGUUACUCUUGCCAAUCAGAUACACUGGGGUUUCAGGGGACGGAGAAGAAAGCCCGCCGACAACUAGAUACAGGGGUAUAGAUACUUUAUUGAUAGAUGUAUAUGCAUAGGAUCCAUUUAGGACGUCCGUAUUGAUAAUUAGAUGGCGUCGCUCUAUUACCGUUCAAUGACUUGUUUUCGACUUGACGACUCAAUUGGGUUGUAGGGUCGUUGGUUUGCUUUAUAUAAACUGUUUCAUCUUAUCCCGG